AUGUAUUACCACUUUAUAUUGGCGGGAAAGAGUGGAGAAGGUUUAUUUGUAAACAAAAGGCGACUUUAGACUGAACACGAACAGCCUAGGCUUAUAAAUUAUAUUUGAAAGUCAUUGAAGCGGAAAGGUGAAAAUGGUUUGGGGAGCUGUCGCAUCAGUUGGAUUGAGUAUGGUGCUUGGAUUUCUCUGGUACUCACCAUUUUCCCUGGGCAAGCUGUGGAUGAAAGCCACCUUCCCCGGACAGACCUACACGGAGAUUAGAGAAGGCGGUAAUCCUGCUGCGUGGCCUCUCACCAUGUGCUCCUGUUCGAUUCUGGUGUCCGUUCUACACUACUUUGUGGGACCCUACCUGGGAGUGACUAGUGUUCCUGCAGCCUUGAAGGUCGGACUGGCUUUGUCUGUUACAGACUUCCUGGCCAACUUUCCACAUCAGUUGUAUAAUAGAGCUUCGUUGGUAACCUACCUCAUCGACCACUCCUACAAUGCUGCAGUCUUUACAUCAUCCUGUCUGUGCCUGGUCUACUUCAGCUAAGCCUUAAAGCGGAUGCUGGAUUUCUUCACAAUCAUUUUUCAUAUCAUCUACAGUAGUAUUCACUUUCAGUGUAGUUUUUAUAAGAAAUCACUAUUUUAAAAAUUUUCCACUGAACUCGGGGGGGGGGGGGGGGGGGGGGGGAUUCUUGUUAUGCAUAGAUCAUUGAGUUACCACCUCACAUAAUCAAAGUUGUAAGGAAAACACAGUUGUGUAUAUGUUAUCAUUAUAUUUGCUUUAAAAUUAUACAAUGAGUCGAUGCUUCUCCAUUGUUUAUGAAAAUUUAUUUUGGAAACCUGUCAGUUUUUGUAGUCAUUACAUUUUAAGUUGUUUCACGAAACUUUGUUCAUUUCAGUGGUGAACUCUUAAGAUUUUUCUGUUCAUGGCAUACCAAGUUGAAGCUAUGGUGUCUUUUGCUUGUUUUGUUUAAAGAAAAGUACAUUUCAUAAAUAUCUUAUAUAUACAUUUGUAUAUAUAUAAUCAUAGAUAGCUUAGAUAUACAUGUAUAUUAGUUGGUUGUCAAAUAUAUCAUUUCAAUAGUCUGCUGAAGGCCGUUACUAUUAGCAAUAGCAUUGCUUACUUGUAUGGUCAAAAUAUGAUCUAUCAUGCGAUUCUACUUUUAUAAAUCUUGCCUUUUGGCUUUUUCUUAUUUAAAUUUUCAAGUAACUACAUAAUUUAUGCAAAAAAAUAUAUUUAUAUAAAUAUUUGUUAUCUCAAACAAGCAAAUCAUGUUUUGUACAAAAUUUGGUCAAGAUAUAGUUUGCUUUUUUUUGACAUUUGUAGUCCUUGAUUCACCAUCUGUGCCAUUUUGAUUUUUUUUUCAAAGUUUUAAGUCAGCAUUCGGUGUUUUACAUGUUUUGAUAAAUGCUUGUUUUAUUUGUUAUAUCUGCAUUUUAGUAGCUUUUACUCUGAAAGUACCGCUCUUUGUUCAAAACCAAUAAACAUAUAUGUAAUCGAA